ACCCUGCCCGAAUUUCGUAAUUCGAAACGAACUGCAGCGAUUCCCACCGGCGAGGAGCAGAAAAUGUCCGCAGCGACGGAUCAGGACCCCGUGGAACUGAUGCUAAAGAAGACGGGCUGCAUAGAGCUCCACUACAAGGUGCAGGAGUGCAUCGCCGAGACGGGCGACUGGAGGGCUUGCCAAGACAAAGUCAAGGAGUUCCGCGCGUGCAUGCAGAAGUACGUGGAGCAGCAGAGCCAGAAGUAUGCCCACGUCAAGUAG